GCAAGCGUGAUAUUAGUCAAGUAUGUGUUAUUUGCAUGACAUUUCGAUAUUUUAUUCAUUAUGCAUCUCGAUUCACCUAACUACGAAAUGUCAAUCGCUUGUCGUUAUUAGUAUUAGUCAAAACGUAGGGCAAAAUGGCACGGAAAGUAUUUGAAAAAGCGAGGAAUGAAUGAUACCAACGCGUCCCUCCCUAUUAUUAUAUCAGGUGAGUGAAACGAAGAUUUUUGGGGCAAUGACGAUGACAUUCGCGGUAUGCGUUUUUAGGAAACCAGUCGUACACCUUAUCGCUUCACGUUGCCAGCGGUAUCAUAAUUGCGACGAUACUUUUAACUUGCUGCUGCACGCUGAUCGUGAGAAACAAGUGUGCGAGAUUCUUUCGUAAAUUUACUGGAAAGAAAAAGAAAGAGUCAGUAUAAAAUCUCGUCGUAUUUUUUAGAUCUAAGUCCCGUAAUUAAAUGAGAUCUGAAAAAUCGAACGCGCGAUUAGCCUGCGAAAUUGUUAAUGUUUAGAAAGUAUUUCCCUUCCGAUAUCGAGGAAGGACGGAGGAAGCGAAUUACAGCGAGAGAAUUGCGGAAGAAGCGGAAGACGCCUGUUUCACGAGACUUGGGAUACACCGAGACUCCGGUACCGGAAGCCACCGCGCCGAUUAUUCCCAAGGAGCUGGAAAAAUCGGAAAAUGCAUCGCCGAUCCCUUGUUAUAAAUGUUACAGAAAAAAGAAGAGAGGAAAGAGACCGAAGAGACGAUGAUAUCGAGAGACAGAUGGAACGAGAGAGAAAUCGAAUGAGACAUUUAACUGAAUUAUAAAAAAAAGAAGUCAUGCGAUAACAAAACAAUAAUUUGUUUUGUUUAACGCGUUCUUAACCUUGUAAAGAGAGAUGCAACUUUGUACGAUCGCUGUAUACGUUACCAUCGUCGCGAUGAUUCUCAUCUCGAGAGUCAGCGGUACGAUAGAUGUGAAUCUAAGCGAAUUGGAGUAUCUCGCAGCUCGACUGGAUCCGUUCGAAUGUCGACGUUUAAUCGCUGCGCUUCAUUACACGACUUAUGAUUUGCCAAAGAAUUUAGCCGCGGCUGAACGCAAAGUAGAUGAGGAGAUUCCGUGCCUGCGACAAUUACUGCACUGGAACAGCUCUCCCAUGGAAGGUAGAGGCAAGACACACACGGCGAUUAUACAUCGUCUUCGACAACUAAAUCGCAACGAUCUCGCGGAUUGGCUCGGCAAAACCACAUUCAAACAGCUGGGAAAGGAUCUGGACGAUGCUAUCGCGCUGUCCUUCGAGGAGCUAGCCAAAGAAGAAACAGAAACUAGCACGUCAGCAUUCCACGAUCGCUUAUUAAUUCUCUGAUGUAGCAAUUCUCUGUGUAGAUAAAAGUUGAUCUUAAAUUUAGUUUUGAAAUCAUUCUGUAAAACGUAAAGAAUAGUAAAUGUCAAAGAUUCAAUAUCAGGAGAGCAUCCUUCAUCUGUGAUUAUGUCGUUUACAGCCUUUUUACAACAGCUGAGCCUCUUGCUUGGACUGAAGAGGAAGAUUGGCUACCGAUCGAUACAAUUCUCAUGGCGGUCUUGCUUGGAUUGUUAGGAACGUUACUUGUUUUAAUUGCAGCCAUUAUUAUACACACUGUCAAGGGUGGUAAAAAUUAAAUACCGCAUAUUCUUAUUCUGUUGAGAUUUAAGUGUUUAAGACUUGUAAUAUAAAAAUAUAGAAAUUUCUAAUGUUAUAAAAAGCUGAAGAUGAAGAAAGGAUGUGGUUUUUUCAUUCUUAUCUUAGUAUUUCUCACUUUUUGUCGACGCAAGUAUCAUCAUAAUUCUUACAGAAAAAAUUGAUGCAGGUGCAGCUUUAGGUGAAUCACUCUGUAUAUUCUUGUGUAAAACUCUUAAAACACAACGCGUAUAUAAUAUUUACAUGAUAAAAUAUUGUAUGUAAUAAAGAUAUACACCAUGUAAUCUUUCAUGGCAGGAUCGUUUCCAUAAACAUUGAGAAGCUGACUUCGGUUUUACUGUGUAGUUCUGUCUUUUGAAAGAGAGGGACGCAGUUAAAUCCUAAUUUUUUAAUUAAUGAUUAUGGAAAUGAUACGUACUCGCAUAUACAAAGAAUUGCGUAGAUGUAAUAUCGAACUAUACUAGUACAUUACUUUUAUAAUAAUAUCAAUAAGAAUAAAAGAUAAUUAUAUUAAUGAUGCAUGUAGUGACCAUCACAAUGAUCAUGGCAAUGAUAAUAACAAUGAGGACGAUAAUGAGAAUGGUAAUAACAAUGUUACAAUAACUGUAAUGAUGUAAUGAUAUUUUCUAGUAGUAAUCAUAGUAGACUUGCAAUUGACAUGGAGAAUAAGUAAAGUUAUGUGACUGAAAAAUAAUUUACAAUGUUAAUAAUUAUCCAAAACGGUAUGCUAUGUAAUUUAUGGGAAAGAUAUAUUUGCUAACCAAUAAUAGGCGCUAAUCGCAUUCGAUUUGUCGCGUAAACAAAAAUUUUGUAAAACAGGUGAGUGAGAUUAUAAUUAUCCAAUAAUCAAUGAAGAUUAUAAAGUGAAAUGCAUGUUGCAACAGAUAAUGUUAUUACUAAUGGAACAUUCAAAUAAUGUGUUAUUAAUUUAAUAAAAUAACAAUAAUGGUAAUAAUGCACAAUCGUAAUAACAGUAAUAAUAAUUUCUUAAGAGAUAUUAAUAAGAUCAAGGUAUUAAGAGAUAAUUAAUAAUAUCUAGUAACCGCGUAACAAUGAUACCACAUAAUAAUAGUAUUAAUAAUAGUAGCAGUAGCAAUAGCGAUAGUAAUAGUAUAGUAAUAGUAGUAAAUAGCGGUAAUAUAGUAGAAAUAAUAAAAUAAUAGAGGUGAUAAGUGUAGUAGCGAUAGCAAUAAUAGUAGUACUAGUAAUAAUAGUUGCAGCAGCGACAGAAUAAUAUAAUAUUAGUAAUAGAGAAACAGAAGUGAUAUUAAUCUCUAAUUACGAUAAUUAUCAUAAUAACAUCUUGCGCUAGAUUGACAAUGUCGAUAAAGGAAUAAAUUAAUGGAAAUUCUACGAUCCAGAAAAAAAUCGCGACAUGAAUUUGCACAACCGUUAUUGCCGAUACAUCUGAUAUGCUGUACAUUGCAAAUCUAUAUCCCGUGCCUCUCUUUUUUGCGAUAUACGUUUUACAGCGAGCGCGCGUCUGCUUGACCACAUCAUUACAUUGACGUAUUUGGAAAAGUAUACAUUAUUUCUCAAUCAUAGAUAAGAGACUAAGGAAAAAUUCUGAUUAAUGUUUGCGUCAAUUUUACCGCAUUAAUGACUUUUAAAUUGUAAGUAAUUGUAAAUUAUACAAUUUCGAUUAAUUGAGCUUGAGGAAUUCAAGACUACGUAAUGUUAUCCUUAAGAAAGCGCUCUUCCUCAACUAAUCUCAAAUGGACGUUGCUUCAACUAUCGGAAUCUUAAAUCGAUGUUUGCCUAACGAAGUAUCUAAGGUCGGUCUAUUAAAAAUUAUAAAAAGGAUGGCUUCCUGCGAAGUUUCUUCUAAGGAUAUACACCUAUCGACGUUCGGUUCAUCGAGAAAUCUCUGCUUGUGAAAGAUUACGCGCUAGAUCUGAAACAUCCUGUACGUAUAAUCUAAUACGCGCACUCUUCCUGUCUUUUUCUCUUUUUCUCUCCUAUUCUUUUCUUGUUCACCUUAUCUCUUAUGCUUUCUCUUUCUUUUAUUCUUCAUUAUCCCUGUUCUUUCCUCUUGCUUUCCUUCCUACCCAUUUUUGCGUUUCUCUCAUUAGUCUCGUGUAUCUGCGGAAUUACUUUUAAUCAUUUCAGCGCGGUAUUUCGAAGAACGUUUGACGAUCUACAAAGAUCUAUGGCGAUAAUGA